UUCCCUUGGCCCUUCCCAACUCUCGCCGCUCAGCAGCAGGUUCACGGGCGCUCGAUCAGCGAUUUCGAUCGAGAAACGGUGGACUCGCAUACAAAUGAACGACAUCUCAUCAAGUAGGAUCGUUGAAGGCCUCUCCUUCUUAUAAUCACAUCGACGUCACUCAUCAAUCAAUCUAAUCAAAUGAACCCUCAAUCAGGUCGAGAAGCACUGCAAAGGCUCGCCGUGCAGUUCGCCAAAGCUCAACGUAGUGGAGGUGGAUUCGGCGGCAAGGGCGGUCCAGGAGGUGCCGGUGGACCCGGAGGUCUGAAGGGGUUCAUGGCCGGAGGCGGGUUGCUUGUUACGCUCGCCAUCGGUGGAUUCGCUAUCAACCAGAGUAUCUUUAACGUCGACGGAGGACACCGAGCGAUCAAGUACACCCGAUUGAAUGGUAUCGGCUCGACCAUCUACCCUGAAGGAACCCAUUUCAACAUCCCUUGGUUGGAGAGCCCUAUCAUUUACGAUGUCAGGGCCAAGCCCAGGAACAUUGCUUCAUUGACCGGAACCAAGGAUCUACAGAUGGUCAACAUCACCUGUCGUGUCCUCUCCCGACCCUCUGUAGAGGACCUUCCCACUAUCUACCGAGAGCUUGGAACCGACUAUGACGAACGAGUACUCCCCUCGAUCGUCAACGAGGUCUUGAAGUCGGUUACUGCGCAGUUCAACGCCAGUCAGCUGAUCACGCAGCGAGAGAUGGUGUCGAGAUUGGUCAGGGACAACCUGAUGAAGCGAGCAAGGAGGUUCAACUUGAUCCUCGAUGACGUUUCGAUCACGCACGUCGCUUUCAGCCCAGAAUUCACCCACGCCGUAGAGGCCAAGCAGGUCGCACAACAGAUCGCUCAGCGAGCUGCCUUCUUGGUAGACCAGGCCAUCCAGGAGAAGCAAUCCAUUAUCGUCCGAGCCCAGGGAGAAGCCCGAUCGGCCGAACUGAUCAGCGACGCCAUCAAGGCUAACAAGGGUUUCUUGGAGCUCCGAAAGCUGGAGGCGGCCAGGGAUAUCGCUAGCAUGUUGGGCACCAGUGGGAACAAGGUCGUCUUGGAUGCCAACACUUUGUUGUUGAACGUUCAAGACAAGCCCAAGUAGAAGGUUUGAUGGAAGGAUUGUGUGGCUAAAACGAGAACUUGUAAAAAGUAACCCCCGACUCUUUUUGGUAUGAUCGAUGCGUGCGCAGCGAGCAAUCAGACCCGAUGGACGAAAUGAACGGUAGAGUCGUACUGCAUGUUAGCUUGACGAGUGGCAGAGGAUUGGCUAGGGCGUGAACUGUCUUGGCUUCGCUCUGAAAGGCAAGCAACAAGCUGAUCUGUCAAGACGUCUCGAAGGCGCGAUUCGCUUUAGCCAUAAUGGUGAGCUCGGAUUUUCGAGACUGUCGUUUGUCAAAACUUCGAUGUCGCGAUGAAUCCCAUAUAGGAUGGAAUGUAAGGCUCAGGAAGAGGAGGGGCUGGACAGGAUCGUGCGAUUGUUCUGUACCUUGCGUAAAGUUAGCCACGGUUUCAAAAUUCGCUAGCCAUGAGCCACCAA